GUCUGAACCAGCUCCCAGCUCAGCCAGGAGGACUCACUGCUCUCCUACACCCAGAGCUCUGCCUGGCAGCCAGGGUAUGUGGCAGGAUCAUGGCAGCACCAAGAAUCCCUGCUACCUGCAGGAGGGCAAUGGACAUCUGAGAGCAAAGAGCAGCAAGUGGUGAGUAGACACACUGUAACAAUAUUCUGGGACACACUGACAGUAAUAGAGUGUACACACUGUAACAAUAUUCUGGGACCCACUGACAGUAAUAGAGUGUAGACACAAUGUAACAAUAUUCUGGGACACACUGACAGUAAUAGAGUGUAGACACAAUGUAACAAUAUUCUGGGACACACUGACAGUAAUAGAGUGUAGACAUGAUGUAACAAUAUUCUGGGACACACUGACAGUAAUAGAGUGUAGACACACUGUAACAAUAUUAUGGGACACACUGACAGUAAUAGAGUGUAGACACAGUGUAACAAUAUUCUGGGACACACUGACAGUAAUAGAGUGUAGACACACUGUAACAAUAUUCUGGCACACACUGACAGUAAUAGAGUGUAGACACAGUGUAACAAUAUUCUGGGACACACUGACAGUAAUAGAGUGUAGACACAAUGUAACAAUAUUCUGGGACACACUGACAGUAAUAGAGUGUAGACACAAUGUAACAAUAUUCUGGGACACACUGACAGUAAUAGAAUGUGACACACUGUAACAAUAUUCUGGGACACACUGACAGUAAUAGAGUGUAGACACAAUGUAACAAUAUUCUGGGACACACUGACAGUAAUAGAAUGUAGACACAAUGUAACAAUAUUCUGGGACACACUGACAAUAAUAGAGUGUAGACACACUGUAACAAUAUUCUGGGACCCACUGACAGUAAUAGAGUGUAGACACAAUGUAACAAUAUUCUGGGACACACUGACAGUAAUAGAGUGUAGACACAAUGUAACAAUAUUCUGGGACACACUGACAGUAAUAGAAUGUGACACACUGUAACAAUAUUCUGGGACACACUGACAGUAAUAGAGUGUAGACACGAUGUAACAAUAUUCUGGGACACACUGACAGUAAUAGAGUGUAGACACACUGUAACAAUAUUCUGGGACACACUGACAGUAAUAGAGUGUAGACACAAUGUAACAAUAUUCUGGGACACACUGACAGUAAUAGAAUGUAGACACAAUGUAACAAUAUACUGGGACACACUGACAGUAAUAGAGUGUAGACACACUGUAACAAUAUUCUGGGACACACUGACAGUAAUAGAAUGUAGACACAAUGUAACAAUAUACUGGGACACACUGACAGUAAUAGAGUGUACACACUGUAACAAUAUUCUGGGACACACUGACAGUAAUAGAAUGUAGACACAAUGUAACAAUAUUCUGGGACACACUGACAGUAAUAGAGUGUAGACACACUGUAACAAUAUUCUGGGACCCACUGACAGUAAUAGAGUGUAGACACACUGUAACAAUAGUCUGGGACACACUGACAGUAAUAGAGUGUAGACACACUGUAACAAUAUUCUGGGACACACUGACAGUAAUAGAGUGUAGACACACUGUAACAAUAUUCUGGGACACACUGACAGUAAUAGAGUGUAGACACACUGUAACAAUAUUCUGGGACACACUGACAGUAAUAGAGUGUAGACACACUGUAACAAUAUUCUGGGACACACUGACAGUAAUAGAGUGUAGACACAAUGUAACAAUAUUCUGGGACACACUGACAGUAAUAGAAUGUAGACACAAUGUAACAAUAUUCUGGGACACACUGACAGUAAUAGAGUGUAGACACACUGUAACAAUAUUCUGGGACACACUGACAGUAAUAGAGUGUAGACACAAUGUAACAAUAUACUGGGACACACUGACAGUAAUAGAAUGUAGACACAAUGUAACAAUAUUCUGGGACACACUGAUAGUAAUAGAGUGUAGACACACUGUAACAAUAUUCUGGGACACACUGACAGUAAUAGAGUGUAGACACACUGUAACAAUAUUCUGGGACACACUGACAGUAAUAGAGUGUAGACACAAUGUAACAAUAUUCUGGGACACACUGACAGUAAUAGAGUGUAGACACAAUGUAACAAUAUUCUGGGACACACUGACAGUAAUAGAAUGUAGACACAAUGUAACCAUCUAAAUUCUAACCCUAACUGUAAUCAAAACACUAUUCCGUAUUGCAGGUUUUAUUGCUGAUGUAGAAAUAAUUGUAACUGUAGCUAUAAAUCUUAGACAAACUUGAAUACAAAUUCUAACCUUAGUUGUAACUCUGACAGCAACCCCUAACCCAUUGUUUGUGGUAAACUGAUAUACACUCCAAGUCUUUUUGAAAAUUGUCAUUAUGUUAGCCAUCACUGCUCCCACUGGAAGACUGUUCCAGGUGUCUACUACCCAUUCUAUAUCACUGUUACCGCUCCCACUUGAAGGCUAUUCCAGGUAUCUACUACCCCUUUUAUAUCACUGCUUCUGCCUCCCACUGAAAGUCUAUUCCAGGUAUCAACUACCCUUUCUAUAUCACUGUUUCCCCUUACAGUUUCCACUGGAAGGCUAUUACAGGUAUCUAGUACCUUUUCUAUAUCACUGUUACUGCCCCCAAUGGAAGGCUAUUCCAGGUAUAUUUUUCUAUAUCACUGUUACUGCUUCCACUGGAAGGCUAUUCCAGGUAUCUACUACCCUUUCUAUAUAACUGUUACUGCUCCCACUGGAAGGCUAUUCCAUGUAUCUACUACCCUUUCUAUAUCACUGUUACUGCUCCCACUGGAAGGCUAUUCCAGGUAUCUACUACCCCUUUCUAUAUCACCGUUACUGCCCCCACUGGAAGGCUAUUCCAGGUAUCUACUACCCCUUUCUUUAUCACUGUUACUGCCCCCACUGGAAGGCUAUUCCAGGUAUAUUUUUCUAUGUCACUGUUACCGCUCCCACUGGUAGGCUAUUCCAGGUAUCUAAUACCCUUUCUAUAUCACUGUUACUGCUCCCACUGGAAGGCUAUUCCAUGUAUCUACUACCCUUUCUAUAUCACUGUUACUGCUCCCACUGAAAGGCUAUUCCAGGUAUCUACUACCCUUUCUAUAUCACUGUUACCGCUCCCACUGGAAGGCUAUUCCAGGUAUCUACUACCCUUUCUAUAUCACUGUUACUGCUCUCACUGGAAGGCUAUUCUAGGUAUCUAUUACACUUCCUAUAUCACUGUUACUGCUCCCACUGGAAGUCUAUUCAAUGUAUCUACUAUCCUUUCUAUAUCACUGUUACUGCUCCCACUGGAAGGCUAUUCCAGGUAUCUACUACCCUUUCCAUUUGUUACCGCUCCUACUGGAAGGCUAUUACAGGUAUCUAGUACCUUUUCUAUAUCACUGUUACUGCUCCCACUGGAAGUCUAUUCAAUGCAUCUACUACCCUUUCUAUAUCAGUGUUACUGCUUCCACUGGAAGGCUAUUCCAGGUAUCUACUAUCCUUUCUAUAUCACUGUUACUGCUCCCACUGGAAGGCUAUUCCAGGUAUCUACUACCCUUUCCAUUUGUUACUGCUCCUACUGGAAGGCUAUUACAGGUAUCUAGUACCUUUUCUAUAUCACUGUUACUGCCCCCAAUGGAAGGCUAUUCCAGGUAUAUUUUUCUAUAUCACUGUUACUGCUUCCACUGGAAGGCUAUUCCAGGUAUCUACUACCCUUUCUAUAUCAGUGUUACUGCUCCCACUGGAAGGCUAUUCCAGGUAUCUACUACCCUUUCUAUAUCACUGUUACUGCUCCCACUGGAAGUCUAUUCAAUAUAUCUACUACCCUUUCUAUAUCAGUGUUACUGCUUCCACUGGAAGGCUAUUCCAGGUAUCUACUAUCCUUUCUAUAUCACUGUUACUGCUCCCACUGGAAGGCUAUUCCAGGUAUCUACUACCCUUUCCAUUUGUUACCGCUCCUACUGGAAGGCUAUUACAGGUAUCUAGUACCUUUUCUAUAUCACUGUUACUGCUCCCACUGGAAGUCUAUUCAAUGCAUCUACUACCCUUUCUAUAUCAGUGUUACUGCUUCCACUGGAAGGCUAUUCCAGGUAUCUACUAUCCUUUCUAUAUCACUGUUACUGCUCCCACUGGAAGGCUAUUCCAGGUAUCUACUACCCUUUCCAUUUGUUACCGCUCCUACUGGAAGGCUAUUACAGGUAUCUAGUACUUUUUCUAUAUCACUGUUACCGCUCCCACUGGAAGGCUAUUACAGGUAUCUACUAUCCUUUCUAUAUCACUGUUACUGCUCCCACUGGAAGGCUAUUCCAGGGAUCUAAUACCCUUUCUAUAUCACUGUUAAUGCUCCCACUGGAAGGCUAUCCCAGGUAUCUACUACCCUUUCUAUAUCACUGUUACUGCUCCCACUGGAAGGCUAUUCCAGGUAUCUACUACCCUUUCUAUAUCACUGUUACUGCUCCUACUGGAAGGCUAUUCCAGGUAUCUACUACCCUUUCCAUUUGUUACCGCUCCUACUGGAAGGCUAUUACAGGUAUCUAGUACCUUUUCUAUAUCACUGUUACUGCUCCCACUGGAAGUCUAUUCAAUGUAUCUACUACCCUUUCUAUAUCAGUGUUACUGCUUCCACUGGAAGGCUAUUCCAGGUAUCUACUAUCCUUUCUAUAUCACUGUUACUGCUCCCACUGGAAGGCUAUUCCAGGUAUCUACUACCCUUUCCAUUUGUUACUGCUCCUACUGGAAGGCUAUUACAGGUAUCUAGUACCUUUUCUAUAUCACUGUUACUGCCCCCACUGGAAGGCUAUUCCAGGUAUAUUUUUCUAUAUCACUGUUACUGCUUCCACUGGAAGGCUAUUCCAGGUAUCUACUACCCUUUCUAUAUCAGUGUUACUGCUCCCACUGGAAGGCUAUUCCAGGUAUCUACUACCCUUCCUAUAUCACUGUUACUGCUCCCACUGGAAGUCUAUUCAAUAUAUCUACUACCCUUUCUAUAUCAGUGUUACUGCUUCCACUGGAAGGCUAUUCCAGGUAUCUACUAUCCUUUCUAUAUCACUGUUACUGCUCCCACUGGAAGGCUAUUCCAGGUAUCUACUACCCUUUCUAUAUCACUGUUACUGCUCCUACUGGAAGGCUAUUCCAGGUAUCUACUACCCUUUCCAUUUGUUACCGCUCCCACUGGAAGGCUAUUCCAGGUAUCUACUACCCUUUCCAUUUGUUACCGCUCCUACUGGAAGGCUAUUACAGGUAUCUAGUACCUUUUCUAUAUCACUGUUACCGCUCCCACUGGAAGGCUAUUCCAGGUAUCUACUGCCCUUUCUAUAUCACUGUUACUGCUCCCACUGGAAGGCUAUUCCAGGGAUCUAAUACCCUUUCUAUAUCACUGUUAAUGCUCCCACUGGAAGGCUAUCCCAGGUAUCUACUACCCUUUCUAUAUCACUGUUACUGCUCCCACUGGAAGGCUAUUCCAGGUAUCUACUACCCUUUCUAUAUCACUGUUACUGCUCCCAACUAGAAAACUGUUCCAGGUAUCUACUACCCUUUCUAUAUCACUGUUACUGCUCCCACUGGAAGGCUAUUCCAGGUACCUACUACCCUUUCUAUAUCACUGUUACUGCUCCCACUGGAAGGCUAUUCCAGGUAUCUAUUACCCUUUCUAUAUCACUGUUACCGCUCCCACUGGAAGGCUAUUCCAGGUAUCUACUACCCUUUCUAUAUCACUGUUACUGCUCCCACUGGAAGGCUAUUCCAGGUAUCUACUACCCUUUCUAUAUCACUGUUAUUGCUCCCACUGGAAGGCUAUUCCAGGUAUCUACUACCCUUUCUAUAUCACUGUUACUGCUCCCACUGGAAGGCUAUUCCAGGUAUCUACUACCCUUUCUAUAUCACUGUUACUGCUCCCACUGGAAGACUAUUCCAGGUAUCUACUACCCUUUCUAUAUCACUGUUACUGCUCCCACUGGAAGGCUAUUCCAUGUAUCUACUACCCUUUCUAUAUCACUGUUACUGCUCCCACUGGAAGGCUAUUCCAGGUAUCUACUACCCUUUCUAUAUCACUGUUACUGCUCCCACUGGAAGACUAUCCCAGGUAUCUACUACCAUUUCUAUAUCACUGUUACUGCUCCCACUGGAAGGCUAUUCCAGGUACCUACUACCCUUUCUAUAUCACUGUUACUGCUCCCACUGGAAGGCUAUUCCAGGUAUCUACUACCCUUUCUAUAUCACUGUUUGCUUUUACUGCUUCAAUUGGAAGGACAUUCCAGGUAUCUAUUACCCAUUCUAUAAUGUAAUAUUUUCUUAUUCUUCCAUCCUCUAGCUUCCAAUCCUGCUCUAUUGCUAGGUAUGUUCUGCAUUAGACAUGGCUCUGGUAGCUGUGUGCAUGGUUACCUUCGCCGUAUAUCUGCACAAUGAGCUCUGGGUGGAUAGAACCCAGUUAUUCCCCGUACCAACCUUGGAUCCGACCUUUUCCUAAUGGGGAGUUUGUCUGUGUCAGAAACCCAAUGGCUGAAAUACACAAAGAAUGAUCAAAAAUCUAGAUUAAAUGUUUCCUUUCUCAGUGUGAAUGGCAAGGGUUAGGGUUAAGGACUAUAUUAUAUGCUAAUAUAACCCUGUAAAUACCUCAACUCAGAGUCCACAUAAACAUAACGAACUUACAGCACGGGGUGCACUGCCGUACAGUAAGUAGCCGUGAUCCAUAGAAUGCACAUUGAGAGGAAAUUCUCUUUGUUCUUUCAGCUGCUUUCUCCAAAAAAUGAAUGGAGGGCAAUAGGAAUCACGUUUUACUGACAAACUGAACUCCUGAGAGAGGUCGAAAUAUGGGCCGAAACAUGGGUCAAAACAUGGGCACAAUGGCAUCUCUUUAUAAACGUAUUCGAUAUAACAUUGUAUCAAUUAUUUAACCAGACGUCAUUGAUUGGAGAUCUCUCUGUCUGUGGGCUAUGAAGGUUUCCGUUUUAUUUAAUACUUUGCUGAGUUUCGGGUUUUCUUUUCAUACGAGAUGUAUUUCUCACCGAGGUUCGAGUGCUGGAGUAAUAGGGGCUGGAUGUGGUUUAUUGUAAUACAUAUAUAUAUGAUUCCAAUUAAAGCUAACAAUGUGUAUAUAAUGGGUUAAAACACUAUUAUGAUAUAUUACACUAUACAAUACAUUGUCGACAUUAACACACACAAUGGAUGUUUGCGCAAUCAAUGCCUGGACUUGCUCCUAAGGGCGCCAUAUUCUGUUCUAACUGCAGGCGUGGGAGAGCAAGUUGUGUUUAUCAUAUUGCUGCGUGUCUGUUGUUUAUUAUGGUGCUUCAUGUUUUUGUCGGUUCUUUUCUUCCUCGCAGGAUGCUCUGUGCACGUCAGGAUGAACCACUGUUAUUAUGACAAACGCAUGGACUUCUUCUACAAUCUAAGCAACUCCCAGAUGGAACAUGACUGGUCCGGGACCAAACUCAUUCUCAUGUUGUCCUUUGGCGCCUGCUGCUGUUUUUUCAUUUUUGUCUCGAACUUGUUGGUUAUUGCAGCUGUGAUUAAAAACAAACGUUUCCACUUUCCCUUCUAUUACCUGCUCGCCAACUUAGCUGCCGCAGACUUUUUUGCGGGGAUUGCUUACGUGUUCCUUAUGUUUCACACGGGCCCUGUUUCCAAAACACUAACCGUUCAUCGGUGGUUCUUACGUCAAGGCCUCUUAGACACAAGCAUGUCGGCCUCUUUAACCAGUUUGUUGAUAAUUGCUGUGGAGCGACAUAUGUGUAUAGUGCGAAUGAGAAUUCACAGCAAUCUGACCAAAAGAAGGGUGACCUGCCUCAUUUUCUUCAUUUGGGCAACUGCAAUUUUUAUGGGGGCUCUACCUACCCUUGGGUGGAAUUGCAUCUGCAACAUAACAACUUGCUCCACCCUCGCCCCCAUUUACAGCAGGAGUUAUCUGACCUUUUGGGCCGUGUCUAACUUGGUGGCCUUCUUCAUUAUGGCCAUUGUCUACCUGAGAAUCUAUAUGUAUGUCCAGAGGAAGACCAAUGUUCUAUCUCCACACACCACUGGCUCGAUCAGUCGGAAGAGGACACCCAUCAAAUUAAUGAAGACAGUCAUGGCUGUGUUAGGUAAGACAUUCAGCUUCCAGCCAAUGACAAAUUCCCAGAGAGGUGGCUUUUGGGUUGUCAUCGAACCAGAGGGCUAA